UGGCCACCCUCUUCUCGCUCGACGCUCAACCUUCCUCUUCCGCUUCCCCGCCAUGAAAACUUCUUCUCGAUCAAUAGAAAAGAAGCACCUUUUGCUCUACAGAUCCGCUCCCCGUCUCUUAUAAUAAUCUCGCAUGCAAUCAAUUCUCAUCCUCCUCUAUUUCUCUUCUUCUUCCUCGUCUUCGUAGAUCCAAUGCGUCGUUGAGUUGAAGAAAGAUUGAGAGCAUUAGUAAUCGUGUGUGAAGAAGAAUGGCAUUUAGGAGGAGCGCCAUGAUGGACGCAAGGAGGUCGUCGUCGCAUUGCUCGACGGUGACCCUCGUCGCGUUCAUUGCUCUUUGCUUGGUUGGUGUUUGGAUGAUGACCUCGUCGUCCACCGUAGUCCCUAUCGACAUGUCCUCGCCGGAGAGCAAGUCGGACAUGAAGCAACAAGUCUCCGAGACCGAUCGGGGACCGCGUGAGGACAGCUCAGUGGAUGUCAUCGAUGAAGCGGCAACAGCAGCAGCAGCAACAGGAAGAGAUGCCAACGUCGACGUCAAGGAUUCUACCACUGAGACGAGGUCGGAGUCACUGGAUGACCAGAAUGUGCAGGACAAAGCAGCCGAGAACGUGGUGGAAAAGCCCCAAGAAAGCGAAAUGGAUGAUAACACCAGGACAACUCAGACAUAUAGUGGUGAAAACGGGAGUACGGAAGACAGUUCUCAAGAAGCCACAGAUAGUGGGCAGGUAAAGAAAGCAGAUAAGAAGACAUAUAGUGACGAGAACGGGAUUGCGGAGGGUGGAGAAAUGGUCACCGAUGGCAAGGAGAGAAGCCAAGAGAAGAGCACGGAAGGGAACUCUGAAGAAACUAAAUAUGGUGGGCAGGAAAAAAAAGCAGACCAGAAGUUUGAUGAAAUGACAGAUGAUGGACAAAGUGAAAGCUCACAGCAGAAUUCGGAUGAAACUGGGAAAACAGAGGGUGGAGAAAUGAUCAGAGAAGGCCAAGACAAGAGCACAGAAGAGAAUUACCAGCAAAUUACAGAGAAAGCAGACAGUAAGUUCGGUGAGAAGUUCUCAGAGCAGAAUUCAGAUGAGACUAAAGGAGAUGACAACAAUGGAAAGGAGGCUGCAGAAAGACCCAAUGAGAUCACAGCAGGGAGCAAAGCGAAGGACUUGAUUUCUCCUGAGGUGUUUCCUGAUGGAGCUCAGUCGGAGCUGCUAAACGAAACCAGUACCCAGAAUGGCGCAUGGUCUACACAAGCUACCGAGUCGAAGAAGGAGAAAGCAGUGCAAGCUGCAUCAAAGGAACAUGGUACUAGGAAUAAUUGGAAACUCUGCAAUGUGUCUGCCGGAACUGACUACAUCCCUUGCCUCGACAACGAGGAAGCAAUCAAGAAGCUUAGAAGCACUAAGCACUAUGAACAUCGAGAGAGGCAUUGUCCUGAUGAAGCUCCUGCCUGUCUCCUUCCUCUGCCAGAAGGAUACAAACGGCCCAUUGAGUGGCCAAAUAGCAGGAACAAGAUAUGGUACCACAAUGUACCUCAUUCCCAGCUUGCAGCCGUAAAGGGCCAUCAAAAUUGGGUGAAAGUGUCUGGAGAAUUCCUCACUUUUCCUGGUGGAGGCACUCAGUUCAUACAUGGAGCACUGCACUACAUUGAUUUCAUCCAGGAGUCUAUGCCUGAUAUAGCCUGGGGAAAGAAAAGCCGUGUUGUGUUGGAUGUUGGCUGUGGGGUCGCUAGUUUUGGAGGAUUUCUAUUCGAUAGAGAUGUACUUACCAUGUCGUUUGCUCCUAAAGAUGAGCAUGAAGCUCAAGUGCAGUUUGCUCUUGAAAGAGGAAUUCCAGCUCUAUCAGCUGUCAUGGGCACUAAAAGACUUCCUUUCCCUGGAAUGGUUUUUGAUGUCAUCCAUUGUGCCCGUUGUAGGGUCCCUUGGCAUAUAGAAGGUGGUAUGCUUUUAUUGGAGUUGAAUCGAAUGUUGCGUCCUGGUGGUUAUUUCGUAUGGUCUGCUACACCAGUUUAUCAACAAAUUCCAGAGGAUGUUGAGAUUUGGGAAGCCAUGACAGCAUUGACACAAUCCAUGUGCUGGGAUAUGGUGAAUAAGACGAAGGAUCGAAUCAAUGAAGUCGGCAUGGCAAUAUACAGAAAGCCUUCAGACAAUGAAUGCUAUGCCAAAAGAACCGAAGACAGCCCUCCACUCUGCCAAGGUUCUGAUGAUCCAAAUGCAGCCUGGAACAUCCCUUUGCAAGCAUGCAUGCACAAACUGCCCGUAGAUCCUAAUGUCCGGGGCUCGCAGUGGCCACAGCAGUGGCCACUGAGACUGGAUAAUGUCCCAUAUUGGCUGAAUAGUUCACAGGUUGGAGUCUAUGGAAGGCCUGCACCAGAGGACUUCAAAGCAGACACUGAGCUUUGGAAGCAUAUUGUAAGCAAAUCGUAUAUGAAGGGAUUGGGAAUCAACUGGUCUGCGGUGAGAAACGUGAUGGAUAUGAGAGCCGUAUAUGGAGGUUUUGCUGCAGCUUUGCAAGAAGCGAAUGCAUGGAUCAUGAAUAUUGUUUCCAUUGAUUCACCAGAUACUCUUCCUUUAAUUUAUGAGCGUGGACUGUUUGGAAUGUAUCAUGACUGGUGUGAAUCUUUCAGCACCUAUCCUAGAUCAUAUGAUCUACUUCAUGCAGAUCAUCUUUUCUCCAAAAUAAAGAAGAGAUGUAAGUUACGGGCAGUGAUUGCUGAAGUGGAUAGGAUACUGAGACCAGAAGGCAAGCUUAUUGUAAGGGAUAAUUCAGAGACAAUAGAAGAGGUUGAGAGCAUGGCAAAAUCAUUGAAGUGGGAAGUCAGAAUGACUUACUCAAAGGAAAAUGAAGGACUGUUGUUUGUCCAAAAGACAAUGUGGAGGCCAAAAGAAGUCGAGGCAAGUUUGCCAUCGUUAUCUUAGAACAAAUGAGUCUUGGAGAGCUGUCAGUUUCUUUUUAUCUUUUUUUUUUUUUCCUCAUUCCUAUUACUGUGUACCAUAUAAGUUCUAUUAUUUUCCAACGUUUUUGUUUAAUGCUGACAAUACAAGUAUAGGAAGUGCUUUGUGAUUAUGAGUUGAA